AUGGCCCCGCCUCCAUCCCGGGCGGGCUCGGGGCGGGGCGGGGCCCUGGCUCAGGUGCGCGGGACCGCAGAGCGCCUGCGCGGGGCGGGGCCGAGGUUAUUUAAGUGCCGGGAAUCGCCCCGGCAGCCAUUUGCUCACGCUAAGCGCGCUGCAGACGGGAGGGUAGAUAGAAGGGGUAUAGAGAAAAAGAAAUACAAAAGAAAAGAAACGCAGAAGAAAAGUAAUGGAAAAAGAGAUAAAGGGGCCCGGCCGGCCGCAACCUCCCGCUCCGAGCGCCGAGCAGCAAAUGGCUCUGCCCGGGCCUCCCCGCGGCUUAAAUCCCCCCGGCCCCGCCCCGCGCAGGCGCGCUGGGGCCCCGCGCACCUGUGCGCGCACCUGUGCUGGCCCCGCCCCCCGCCCGUAAAUGGCGGCGGAUCCGCACCCGCCUCACGUUCUGCGGGGGAUGCUCGGCCCGGGCUGCGGCGGGAGCGGCGCUCGGAGAUCGGUUCGGGGCUGCUCCCGGCGUUGCGCGGCGUCCGACGGGCUCAGGUGGGACCGGGACUGGGAUCUGGGCCCGGGGAUUUGGGUCCCGGUCCCGCCGGUGUCUGCUGUAGGAGCCGGGCAGAGCCGCUCCUUCCUCGGCGGGCAGGGUGGGAGUGCCGGGGCCGGAGGAUCGGGGCGGGAUCGGGGCUGGGAUCGGGACCGGUAUCGCCGCGGGCGGGAGGAGCCGCUCCGCCGGGGCCGCCGCUCCCGCUCCGGCUGCGCCCGGUGCGGGGCUGGAGGAGCCCGGAGCCCCCGAAGGGCAGAGAGCACCUCCGGUCCUUGGCUCGGCAGGGCAGGAGCUGCCGUGCCCUGCCCGUGGCUCGCAGCGUGCCCAACGCACGGCCCGGCACGGGCACCGGGGCACCGGACAGCGCUGGCACGGACACGGCUGAAGGGCUGCCCGUGGCUCCUCGGCCCGGGGCUGCUCCCCACAGGCACGCAGGGAUGCUUCAGCCCGGACAGGCACCACCGACAGCCCAAAGGGACCCCAGGGAACGGCUGGCAUCACCUGGGAAUGGAGGCACAGCCGUUUGCAGAGGGGCUCUGACAGCAAUCCCUGUUUCUGACCUCCCCGAGCUCCCACACAGCUGCCAGUGAGAAGAACAUGAACUCACAGCCACCGAGGCCUGACAGGCUCCUGCAGUGAGAGCUCAGUGUGUGUGUGCAGAGAGAGAGGGGGAAGACCUGGGAAUGGGAAAACCAGAAACUCCCACAGACACUGAAAGAUUUGAUCUGCAGCCUCGGGAGAAGCUGGGAUUGAUGUACCAAUACAAGACACGGGCAUUACGCAGGAAAAGAAUAAAAUAAAAUAAAAUAAAA